AACCUUGAGAAGUGAUUAAACGGUGAUAGAAAAAAAAUUGUCACAUGACUAACUCACAUAUUCUUGAAAACUGAAGAAGAUGUCGAAUGCAUACCCACCUUUUAGACUUGGAAAACCUCGUUAUGACCAGUCGACAUUUGAUGGCAGAUUGCGACAUUUUUUUGAUGUCAUAGAUCCUAGAACUCUAUUUACUUCAAAGGAAGAAUUACAGAAAAGUAUUAAACUCUUAGAUGAUUUUGCAAAGGACAAAUUGCCCCCAAAUGUUACAGACAAAGAGUUAUGGGAAGCUCAAAAAAUAAAACAGGCAAUAAUACACCCAGACACAGGAGAAAAAAUAUUUAUGCCCUUCCGAAUGUCAGGAUUUGUGCCUUUUGGAUCUCCUGUUGUUGUUGGACUGUUAUUACCAAAUCAAACUAUUGCCAGCACCAUAUUUUGGCAGUGGAUAAAUCAAAGCCAUAAUGCAUGUGUAAACUACGCCAACAGAAAUGCUACCUCACCUACACCAAUGAGUCGGUUUCUUCUAGGAUACGCAGGGGCAGUAACCACGGCUGUGUCAAUCGCUGUAGGUUUGAAUGUAUUGAUUCAGAAGGCAAAUAGAUUUAACCCAGCUACAAAACUUCUGAUUCAGAAAUUUGUACCUUUUCCAGCAGUAGCUUGCGCUAGCACCUGCAAUUUACUGUUGAUGAGGAACUCUGAGCUGUCUACGGGCAUACAAGUAGAAGAUCAUAAUGGAAACGUAAUUGGAAAGUCCAAAAUAGCUGCUGAAAAGGCAUUAAUGGAGACAGCAAUUACUCGAAUGUUCCUUCCUGCCCCAAUACUUGUGAUACCUCCUAUCAUUAUGUCUGUGCUUGAAAAGACGACGUUAUUCAAAAAAUAUCCUCGUAUUAACUUGCCAGUCCAUGCUGCAGUUGUGACCAUUUGUUUUGGUCUUGCUCUUCCUGUUGCUAUAGCAAUUUUCCCUCAGUAUUCUAAGAUUUCUACCAGUAGCUUGGAACCAGAGAUCCAAAAGCUGACGAAUGAGACAACAUUAAUAUAUAACAAAGGUCUCUAGGCUUGAUGACAGGACCAGUCACCGUAACAGUUUCUCGGAUAUUCCUAACUUCUGCAAUUUGAUAUCAACUUAUUUGAUAUAGUACGUGUAAUAUGAAUAUUUUAAUGUAUAUUGGAAUAAAAAGUAUAUAUUUAAUUGGAUGAAAUAUAUUUGUAUUAUAUAUAUUUUUAUAUGUUAUGUAAACGUGUUUUGACGCAAUUAUUACAGAUUUAUUUAUUAAAUGUGCAUAUGGUAUGUACAUAU